CCCAAAGCGCGACUACUACUUCCAUUGCCAGGCCAGUUCUCUCAGAAACCUCAAAAAACCUCGAAAGAAAAAUACGGAGACUGCGACCUCCGAAGGUUUGUAGGGCUUUAACUGUAAGCAACCUCACCAUGUACCGAACCGCAGCUUCACGUCUCAGGUCUCUCAAGGGUCGUGUGGGAACUUUGGGGGCCAAGAGGUUUGCGACUUCAAGCGCAGUUGCUGCAAAACCAUCAUCAGGGGGUUUCUUUAGCUGGCUGACAGGGGAACGGACUAGUACUCUACCUCCUCUGGAGAUCCCACUUGCAGGCGUUACCCUCCCUCCUCCACUACCUGAUUAUGUUGAACCAAGUAAAACUAAAAUUACAACUCUCCCUAAUGGUGUCAAAAUUGCAUCGGAAACGUCAGUGAAUCCUGCAGCAUCCGUAGGUUUAUAUCUGGAUUGUGGUUCCAUUUAUGAGACACCAGAGUCAUUUGGGGCUUCACAUUUGCUGGAACGGAUGGCCUUCAAGAGCACAACAAACCGGAGCCACUUGCGCAUCGUGAGGGAAGUGGAAGCAAUUGGUGGUAACAUAGGAGCCUCAGCCAGUCGGGAGCAAAUGGGGUACACUUUUGAUGCUCUGAAAACUUAUGUUCCUCAAAUGGUGGAAUUGCUUGUUGACUCAGUGAGGAACCCUGCCUUCUUGGAUUGGGAAGUGAAUGAAGAGCUGCAAAAGGUGAAAGCAGAGCUCGGAGAACUUUCUAACAACCCUCAAGGGUUACUAUUGGAGGCCAUUCUCUCUGCUGGUUAUUCUGGUGCAUUGGCAAAUCCUCUUCUGGCUCCUGAAGCUUCGCUGAACAGAUUGGAUGGUACCCUUUUGAAGGAAUUUAUUGCUGAGAAUUAUACUGCUCCUCGGAUGGUUCUUGCGGCAUCUGGGGUUGAACAUGAGGAGCUUCUGUCCAUUGCAGAACCACUUCUCUCUGAUUUACCAAGCACGCGCCCUUCUGAAGAGCCAAAAUCUGAAUACGUUGGAGGGGAAUAUCGUCGUCAAGCUGAUACAGGGAACACACAUAUUGCUCUUGCUUUUGAAGUUCCUGGCGGUUGGCGUAAAGAGAAAGAAGCUGUUCUUGUGACUGUUCUUCAGAUGCUUAUGGGAGGAGGUGGUUCAUUCUCUGCAGGGGGGCCUGGAAAAGGGAUGCACUCUCGACUAUAUCUCCAUGUCUUGAAUGAGUACCAGCAGAUCCAAUCCUUUUCUGCAUUCAACAACAUCUUCAAUGAAACUGGAUUGUUUGGCAUUUAUGCUAGCACUGGCCCUGACUUUGCGUCAAAAGUAGUUGAUAUAGCAGCAGCAGAAUUAAUCUCAAUUGCAACACCUGGACAAGUCACUGAAUUGCAGCUUAAUCGUGCCAAAGAGGCCACAAAAUCUGCCGUCCUGAUGAAUCUGGAGUCUAGGAUGAUUGUAUCCGAGGAUAUAGGUAGGCAGAUUUUGACUUAUGGAAAGAGGUUGCCUGUGGAGCAUUUCUUAAAGGCUGUCGAAGAAAUCACUUUGAAGGAUAUUACUAGCAUUUCACAGAAGAUAAUUUCCUCACCUCUAACACUGGCAUCAUAUGGGGAUGUUAUUAAUGUUCCCAGCUACGGAUAUGUUUCCAGCAAGUUUCGUGCAGAGUGAGUUCCUCUUCAUUUCAAGCACUUUUUGAAUAAAGGUUUGAAGAAGAGAUUUUUGGUGAAUGUUACACAAUGUAACGCUUCAACAAGUUAAAUGUCAUUUUAGCAUGUUAUUGUUGUUUAUGACAUAAUAAUAACAUGCGGCAUCAUUUAUUUA